AUGAGGCCGACCCGUGCAAACUCGAGCCCGAAGUUCAAACGGACCCCAUUUUGGCUCUGUCGAUGGACGUCAAUCGCAUAGCAAUUCAUGGAAAAGUUGAGCCACGAUGGUGGCUUCAAUUACCUAGUUUCGUGGAAGAAAGCGAAUGUUGAGCUGAAGCCACCCGCGAACGUCUGACGUACCGUCCUAGCAGCAGGGAACGAAGGAUGGUGAGGGUGGUGUUUCUUCACCCCGACCUGGGCAUCGGAGGUGCAGAGCGGUUGGUGGUGGAUGCUGCCAUGGCCCUACGCUCCCGGGGCUGUUCCGUUCAGAUCUGGACAGCCCACUACAACCCCCAGCACUGCUUCUCCGAGACCCUCGAUCCUGACCUUCCUGUGGUCUGCGUGGGGGACUGGCUGCCCACCAGUGUCUUCGGAUACUUCCACGCCCUGUGCGCCUAUCUGCGCAUGAUCUACGUGGCCCUGUACCUCGUCUUCCUCGGUGGGGUAGAGUUUGAUGUCGUCUUUUGUGACCAGGUGUCUGCGUGUAUCCCAGUGCUAAGGCUGUCUCGUCAGAGGAAGAAGGUCCUGUUUUAUUGCCACUUCCCGGAUCAGCUCCUCACUCAGCGCUGCUCGGCCAUGAAGAGACUCUACAGGGCGCCGAUCGACUGGCUGGAGGAGCGCACCACGGGAAUGGCAGACUGCAUAGUGGUCAACAGCCGGUUCACGGCGGGGGUCUUCAAGCGCACAUUCAGAAGCCUGGCAGGUGUCCGCACGGACGUCCUCUACCCCUCCCUCAACCCGGCGGCCUUCGAGGAGCUGGAGGAGCUGGACGGCCUGGUGCCCGAGAACAAGCGGUGGCUCUUCCUCUCUGUCAACCGCUACGAGCGCAAGAAGAACCUUCCAUUAGCAGUGCAGGCUCUGCAGACCCUGAGGGAGUGCCUGGCCCCAGAGCAGCGCAGGGAUGUGCACCUGGUGAUGGCGGGUGGCUACGACGAGCGGGUGCGGGAGAACGUGGAGCACUUUGCUGAGCUGAAGGCCCUGGUCUCCAGCCUGGGCCUGGAGGACUGCGUCACAUUCCUGCGCUCACCCUCAGACCGGCAGAAAGUGUCGCUUCUCCAUCACAGCACCUGUGUCCUCUACACGCCCAGCAAUGAGCACUUCGGCAUCGUGCCUGUGGAGGCCAUGUAUGUCCGCUGCCCCGUCAUCGCCGUGAACUCCGGCGGGCCGCUGGAGUCCAUUGUCGACAGGGAGACCGGCUUCCUCUGCGAGCCGACGGCAGAGAGCUUUGCCGAAGCCAUGGAGAAGUUUGUGAAGGACCCCCGACUUCAGCAGGAGAUGGGCGAGGCAGGGCGGCAGCGUGUCAUCAAGAAGUUUUCCUCAGAUGCUUUUGCAGAGCAACUGUACCGGUACAUCGUCAGACUGAUAGAAUAGCAACGCGUGGGGGAGGUGUGUCAUUCUGCGGACCAUCCUGAGCAGAAUUCCGCAGAAUCCUGUUGCUCAGGUCACUUCAUGAAGGCAUGCCGCUGCCUUCCGGAAAGGAGAAAAUAAUGAUGAGCCGCAGAUCUGACCGCAGCUGCAACAGCGGAAAGAUGGAAAAUGCCACAAUCCUCCAUUCAGAAGGUCAUUAGAUGAUGUUUCAUAUUUUGACUGCUGUCAGCAGGUUCAGAUGAGUUACUUGAUCUGUUGGUACACUUUCUACACUGAAGAAAGAUCAAAAAUAAGAAUGUUUCUCUUAUUUCCAUGCUCCUUAAGCUUUUAUUGAGCAUAUAAUAAAAACAAAAAUAAUUAGCUACUA